AUGCACCCCACCCAGGUGCUCGCACUCCUCGUCGUACUCACACCCGCCUGCACCCUCGCCCAGCCAGACGACGACCGCGCUCAGUUCCAACGGCCCAGGAGGCUCGGGUUCGCUGCUGCCCCUGCACCUCCCAAACGCGCGCGCGGGUUCGGACACGAUGCCAAGGAGGUGCAAAGGAGGGGAGUACUCGAGUCGGCAUUGACCGACCUCGUACCGGGUCUGAACGCGUCCUCCUCCGCCUCCGACUCGACCUCGGCUUCGGAACGCAAGACGGCGGGUCUUCCGACGGUGUUUUACUCGGCGGAUCCGACUACCACGCCGGCUGCAUCGUCGACGACGGAGGAGAGCAGCUCGACGACGACGAAGCGCGCGACGGUGACCGAGGCGGAUCCCGUCUCGUCCACGUCGACUGCCGCCUCUCGCUCGACCGCAACCGAUGCAGCUUCGUCCGACUCGAGCGCGAGCGCGAGCGCGGCCGAGGCGUCUUCCUCGGCUUCCAAGGCUUCCUCUUCGUCGGCUGGGAUCAGUCGCAGCAUCUACGGCGCGAACCGCCCUUCCUCCGCCUCUACAGUCGACUUCUCCUCUUCAGCAGAGGCGUCCGCGUCGGCGAGCGGGAACGAUGUCCCGCUUUUGAGCGUCCUCUUGCCCUCGUCUUCUUCCUCCCCUUCCGUCUCCUCGGUUUCGGCUUCCCCGUCUUCUGUCUCCGCUCCCGCUUCUACAGCCGCAGAGUCGAGCGCGACUUCCUCGGACGCGCAGACGUCGGCUGCGAGGCCCGUCGCUGGCGCAUCAAGCUCGUCGGCCUCGGCGGAUGCUGCGCCGACGCCUUCGUCUGCGCCUGCGUCGAGUGCGAGCGCGAGUGCGAGCGCGAGCGCGAGUUAUGGAGGGAUCCUGAGUCAGCUCGGCGGGAUCCUGGGCGGUCCUUCUUCGUCUUCGUCGGCUUCGACUGCGGACGCGACGGCCUCGAGUUCGGCGGAUGCGUCAGUGACAAUCCCCAUCAUCGGCUCUUCCCCCUCCCCCUCCACCGCCGCCUCCGCGCCUCUCUCCUCCACCGACUCGAGCUCGACGACUACAACGACGACUCCGCACCGCGUGCCCUUCCUCUCGCGCACCUUGACUGCCACUGCCACCCCCUCUUCGACUCCCGCGCCUGUCGCGAGCUCGGCAGACGUGAGCGUCGAGAUCCCCUCCCUCUCCCUCUCGCUCGGCUCUUCCGCCUCCGCCUCCGCGUCCGCAACUCAGGCAGGAGGAAACGCAACGAUCGUCAUCCCUCCCUUGCCAACUGCGACCGACUCCUCGUCCUCGACGGUGGAAGUGCCGACUUCGACGUUUACGGGCCGUGUGACGGGCGGGCCUACGGCAACAAGCAUCCCCGUCUCGGUUUCACUCCCUGGUUCGGCGUCGGACGCGAUCCCUACCGUUUCUGUCAGCGACCUUCCUCCCGUCGCGAGCGCAAGUGCGAGUGCGACGGUUCCGGUGCCGGGUAGGAACAACGCCACUACUUCGGCUGUCAUCUCUGCCACUUCGGCGACAGCUAUCGUCCCGCCCGUCUCCAUCUCUUCGGGCUCGGCGUCGGUCCCGAUCGGCUCUGAAUCACCUUCGGCAGCUGUCUCGAGUGUCAGCCGAAGCGUUGUUGGCGGUAGCUCGGGAGGAGCGAACGCAACGGCGUCUGCGACGAGUUCGGUCGUUGUCGUCGGUCCUGGUGGAUCCUCGAGCGGCGCUGCGGUCCCUACCGCUUCGGCUGGAGCUGGGAACGCUACCACCUCUGCGACGGGCUCGGGAUCGGGUUCGUACACGACCGCUGCGCCUGUCUCGACUGGUUCGCGCGGCAGCGACGCCUCGAGCGCCUCGAGUUCGUCGUCGUCGUCGUCGAGCACCAGCAACGCCUACGACUGGGUCCCGACCUCGACGCUGAUCAUCAACCGACCGUCCUCGACUUCCGCCUCCUCCGCGCCCGAUUCGUCCACCCCCACCGCGGCGCCGAGUGCAGUCUCCUUGAGCGGAGCAGCGGACAAAGCCGGCGUGUCGACCUCGAUCGUCUCGGGCGUCCCGAGCGUCACCAUCACAAGUCAAGCGUCGUUCCCUACGAACCUUCCUUCGCGGAUCAUUCCCGCUUCGGAGGACGGGUCGAGCGCGUCGACUCUCGCAGGUGCGGCGGCCGACACCCAGCCUACGACGACUAUCUCGAUCUUGCUCGACGAGUCGAUGCCGUGGCAGUGGGUUGUCGACAACUCGGACGCGUCGGGUCAGAUCUUCUACUACGUCCCCAUCGUCCUCGCUUCAGCUCUCAACGUCAGCCUCGACACGGUCAAGACUGUCGCGCUCCAGGCGUACCAAACGACGGAUGCGGGAACGGGCGCCAGUCAGAUCCUCACCGUCUACCUCGGCAGCGUACCGAGCAACUAUGUCGAUGCGCUCGCCGCGAUGGUACAGACUCCUAGCAGCCCGAUCUAUACCCAGCAAGGCUUGCCCGGCCAGCUGGCGCAGACGUUCGUCUCGUCUUUCUCGGUCACCUCGUUCGCGAGCGAGUCGGCGUCGACGUCGGGUUCGAGCGGGUCAGGAUCGUCGGCGAAUGCGGUCGAGACGAAGGACAAGGCCGACAACAAGAGCAAGACGAUCAUCAUCGCUGUCGUCGUCUCGUGCGGUGUCGUCCUCAUCGCCAUUGCGGCGUACGCGGCCUUCAGGGCUACCAAGUCCGGCGCGAUCAAGUUGAGUGCUAGUCCGCGCCCCGGCGGACACGGAGGGGAGUGGAUGCAGCAGGCUCCCGGAGGGGGAUUGAGGGGUCUGCACCUCGCCGGCGGAGCGGGAGCGAGUCCGUACGGGACUUGGAGGAGCGGAAGGCGCGAUUCGAUCUCGACCACCUCGACCGCCUCAACCGGUCUCUCGUCCUCCGGCUCUUACACAGGCGGCGAGCGCUCGUCCGAUCGCCGUUCGUCGUGGUGGAGGUUCUCGGACCACUCGUCUUCGGGCCACGGUCACGGAGGGAGGACCUCACCGACGAUGGGAGCGGGCGGGUUGGAUACCUUCAGGAGUGAGGGCAGCGGGACGAGGAGGAUUCAGAUUGUCAGGGGGCCGGAUGGGAUGGUUGCGCCGAAUAUGAUCGGCAGACCGGUCGUGCAGAGCAACUCGCUCAUGUUGUGA